UUUUUCUUUUUCUUUUUCUUUUUCUUUUCUGUUUUUUGACUUUUGUUUUGAAUAUCUUUCCGAUCAAACGUACAUUCAUUAUUUACUUUUGAGUGCACAGAUGGCGGUAUUCUCUUUUUUUCUUCUUUUGAUAUUAUUGGUAUAUGCAGUUGACCUGAACCAUGCCGAUGAUUUUACACCUCUUACUUGUAAUUCCCCCAUUUACUGUGAAGGUCCACUCCUGAAAACUGUUCAAUUGGCUAAACUUUUUAAUGAUUCUAAAACAUUUGUGGAUAUGCCAACAUCCAAACCAGUAGAUCAAGUUUUAGAAGCUUUUCAUGCAUUGGGACAAAAUCCAGAUAAAACAAGCAUUCAAUCAUUUGUAGAAACCAAUUUUGCAAAAGAAGGAAGUGAAAUGAAACCUCAUAAUAUUACUAUACAUCCUUUAGAAUGGUUGGAUAAAGUGGAUGAUUUAAUUUAUCGUGGUUGGAUAAAUAGUUUACAUCAUGCUUGGUCAAGUCUUACUUUUGAAUUUGAUACUUCUCAUCUUUGUCAAGGUUGUGUCUCUAGUACAUUACCAGUGAAACGUCCUUUUGUGGUACCUGGUGGUCGAUUCCGUGAAUUUUAUUAUUGGGAUAGUUAUUUUGUUAUUGAAGGUUUAUUACAAAGUGGUUUAAAUUCUCUUGCUUUGGAUAUGAUUGAAAAUUUUUUGGAUUUUGUCGAUACCUAUGGAUUUAUGCCCAAUGGUGCUCGUAUAUAUUACUUGAAUAGAUCUCAACCUCCUUUUUUGGUUGAAAUGGUGAAACUAUAUUAUCAAAAGACAAAAGAUGUUGAUUUUUUGAAAAGAACACUUCCAGUAUUGGACAAGGAAUAUACUUUUUGGCAAAAGAAUACAACAGUGACUAUUCGACAAGGUGACCAAAAAUACAAACUCAAUCGUUAUAAUGUAGAAAAUCCUUCACCAAGACCUGAAUCUUACUAUGAAGAUUAUAACACUGUAUAUAAUGGUACCAAUUUUACCUUGAAACAACAAACUGACUUAUUUUCUGAUUUGGCUACUGGUGCUGAAACUGGUUGGGACUAUACAUCAAGAUGGACAAAAGAAAAAGAAUACGUACCAGGCACUGAUAUUUUACGUAGUCUCGAUACACGUAAUGUUAUUCCUGUUGAAUUGAAUGCUUUGUUAUGGAGUAUGGAAUCUACUUUGGCCAAUUGGUUUGAAGAACAUGGUACUGACUUGACAGCAAAAAAUCGCAAACGUAAAGUCUCUUUUUAUGAAAAGCAAGCAACUCAACGUCUCGAAGCUAUGGAUGCUCUUCUAUGGAAUCAUGAUAAGUCUUCUUUCUUUGAUUACAAUCUCACUAGUAAAGCUCAAAUUCCAGAUUAUUCACCUGCUUCUCUUUAUCCUUUCUGGUUGGGUGCUCUUCCUGCUCGUGCUCAAGAAUCCUCCUCUUUACAACAUGUAUUUGAUGCUACUCGAGAACUUUUGGUCAAAUACCCUGGUAUCUUAACUACAACCACUCAUAACACCACUAUGCAAUGGGAUUUUCCAAAUGGUUGGCCUCCUCUUCAAUAUAUCGCUAUGAAUGCUAUGAUUAAUGUGGACAAACUUUUGAAAAAAACAAGAUAUACUCCUUUGGCCAAGGUACUUGCUGAACGUGCUGCUGCUUCUGCCUUUUGUUCUUGGUAUCUUACUGGAGGAAGUGUACCUGGUGAACUUCAACAAUUAUCCAAUACAACUGAUAGUGGUCAUAUGUUUGAAAAAUUUGAUGUACGCUCUUUGACAGCUUCUGGUUUUGGUGGUGAAUAUGCUGUUCAAGUUGGAUUUGGUUGGACCAAUGGUGUGACAUUAUGGAUUUUUAAUCAAUUUGAUGGUUUAGUUGCUCCAAAUUGUAAUUCUACUCAAAUCUAUCAAGUACCUAGUUUGAAUUAGAUUUUAUGAUAUUUUAGUUCUUUUUUAUUUUUAGUGAUGUAUUUUUAUUAUAUAUAUAUAUAUUAUAUUAUAAACGCAUGAAAUAAAAAGAUACUCCUUUUCCUUUUUUGUCUCGUUAAAA